AAUAAAGAAAAAAAAUAAUAGAGGGUAAUGCGGAAGAGAUAAAAGAAUCAGAAACAGUGCUCUAUCGGAAACAAAGGAGAAGGUAGAAACAGUUAUGAGGGUUGGAUUAAGAUGAAGCGUCCAUAGAAUAAAUAAAUUUUUCCAGAGGAGGAAGCACCUCGGCGAAGUUGAUUGUUGAUGGUUUAGCUGCGGUUGGCACACCAAUAAAAUAAAUAAAUUGUAACUGGUCAGCCAGUAUAAGAUAAUGAGGAUGAUGGUGAGGAGUGUAAAUGGAAAGAUGGCUAUAGGAUGGGCAAAAGAAUCCAAGGGAUGUUUAUCCUCGACAAUGACAAGGGCCUCUAAUACCUGGAAGGACAACCAGAGCUCACAAAUAUUAUUGUCUCCACCUCUUGUCACUCUUGACCUUCCAGACAUUUGGGCUGCCAAUUCCACCCACUAUGAUCCCCCGUCAGGCCAGAAAAUCUCCAAUGUGCAGAUUGGCACAGUAAUUAAUGGGAAGUCAAUUGCAGAGGAAAUCAGGUCAAGAGUAGCCUCUGAAGUAAAAAGGAUGAAGGAGUGCAUUGGCAAGGUUCCUGGUUUGGCGGUGAUUUUGGUGGGCGAUAGAAGGGACUCACAGACUUAUGUCCGUAACAAGAUAAAAGCUUGUGAAGAAGCUGGAAUCAAAUCUGUGAUGGCUGAACUUCCUAACUAUUGUGCUGAAGAUGAUGUUAUGACUGCGGUGUUAAAGUUUAAUGAGGAUCCAUCAGUUCAUGGUGUUCUUGUGCAGCUUCCUCUGCCAGAGCAUUUGGAUGAGGAGAAGAUUUUGAAUGUGCUGAGUUUGGAAAAAGAUGUGGAUGGCUUCCAUCCGGUAAAUAUGGGGAAUCUUGCCAUGAGAGGGAGGGAACCGCUGUUCAUUCCUUGCACACCUAAGGGUUGCCUCGAGCUAUUGAUCCGAUCUGGUGUGGAAAUAGCGGGAAAGAAGGCAGUAGUGAUUGGGAGAAGCAACAUUGUGGGAUUGCCCAUAUCUUUGCUACUGCAGAGGCACCAUGCAACCGUCAGCAUAGUACAUGCUUGUACAAAGAAUCCUGAACAGAUCACACGUGAAGCUGACAUAGUAGUCACAGCAGCAGGGGUGCCUAAUCUGAUACGUAGCAGUUGGCUAAAGCAAGGUUCAGUCGUUAUUGAUGUUGGGACAUGUCCAAUUGAGGACCCCAGCUCCGAGUUUGGAUACCGUCUUGUUGGAGAUGUUUGCUAUGAAGAAGCAUUGAGGGUUGCUUCCGCAGUUACCCCUGUACCUGGAGGAGUUGGACCCAUGACAAUUGCCAUGCUCCUGUGCAACACUCUUGAUUCUGCAAAACGGGUGUAUGGGUUUGCUUGACUAGCAAGGCAUGGUGCUUAGCAUUAGCAAUAGUUUUUCUUCAAGGCGUUGUUAACUUCAUUAAGUUAUUAAUUCAGUAGCUUUCAAUUCCAAUGGUUUGGAAUGGAUCUGUGAAUCAAUUGACUGUCUAGAAAGCUUGCUUCUGAAUAUGGAAGUUUACUCGUGUAUUUUUUUUU